CUGCUGCCGGAGCUGCUGCAGCAGACCAGGCGGUGGAAGCUGGAGCCGCUGUUCCCGGGAGCCACCCCAGGAGAAGAGACAGACAGAGACAGAGACGCCAUGGCUACUGCACCAGCAGAGGCUGAGACUCGUCAGAGGCUGCUGCGCACGGUCAAGAAGGAGGUAAAACAGAUCAUGGAAGAGGCUGUGACCCGAAAGUUUGUCCAUGAAGACAGCAGCCAUAUCAUCUCAUUCUGUGCUGCUGUGGAGGCAUGUGUGCUGCAUGGCCUGAGGCGCCGGGCAGCGGGCUUCCUUCGGAGCAAUAAGAUUGCAGCGUUGUUCAUGAAGGUGGGGAAGAGCUUUGCCCCCGCAGAGGAGCUGUCCCGGAAGGUCCAAGACCUGGAGCAGUUGAUUGAGAAUGCGCGGAACCAGCUCCAGGGUCUCCAGGAGAAUGUUCGGAAGCUCCCCAAGCUGCCCAACCUGUCCCCCCAAGCCCUCAAGCACCUCUGGAUCCGCACGGCCCUGUUCGAAAAGGUCUUAGAUAAAAUUGUGCAUUACCUGGUAGAGAACAGCAGUAAGUACUAUGAGAAGGAAGCUCUCCUGAUGGACCCCGUUGACGGCCCCAUCCUGGCUUCUUUGCUAAUGGGCCCCUGUGCACUGGAGUAUACCAAAAUGAAGACAGCAGACCAUUUCUGGACGGACCCCUCAGCUGACGAGCUGGUCCAGCGGCAUCGUAUCCAUAGCUCCCACCUCCGCCAGGACUCUCCCACCAAGCGCCCAGCACUUUGUAUCCAGAAGCGCCAUUCCAGCGGCAGCAUGGACGACCGGCCCUCUCUCUCUGCCCGGGACUACGUGGAGUCCUUGCAUCAGAAUUCCCGGGCCACUCUCCUCUAUGGCAAGAACAAUGUCCUGGUGCAGCCGAGGGAUGACAUGGAGGCCGUUCCUGGGUACCUGUCUCUACACCAAACUGCUGAUGUCAUGACCCUGAAGUGGACCCCCAACCAGCUGAUGAAUGGCUCAAUGGGAGACCUGGACUAUGAGAAAAGUGUGUACUGGGACUAUGCCAUGACCAUCCGCCUGGAGGAGAUUGUCUAUCUGCACUGCCAUCAGCAGGUAGACAGUGGUGGGACGGUGGUGUUAGUGAGCCAGGAUGGGAUUCAGAGGCCUCCGUUCCGGUUUCCCAAGGGGGGUCAUCUGCUACAGUUUCUCUCGUGCCUGGAGAAUGGACUGCUACCCCAUGGCCAGCUGGAUCCACCGCUGUGGUCCCAGCGAGGAAAGGGCAAAGUGUUUCCGAAGCUCCGAAAGCGGAGCCCUCAAGGCUCCUCAGAAUCUGCAUCCGACAAGGAAGAUGAUGAAGCCACAGAUUACGUCUUCAGAAUCAUCUACCCCGGCAUGCAGUCAGAGUUUGUUCCCACAGAGUACUCCCAUCCGCCUCCCCCUGCCUCUUCAAGAUCAGCAUGGAUGGUGUUCCCGGCGGGCCGGACCAUGGUUGAGAUGGCUGUGGGGCAGUUGUCCACUCAAGCUGGAGGGGCUGCUGUUCCUACCGUGCCGGACGCAGACUCGUUCCCCCCCAUGCCUCCGGACUUGAUUGAUACCUCCGUGAGCAGCCUGCCUUCCAUGUGGCAGCCCAGCCCUCGGAAGUCAUCCUGUUCGUCCUGCUCCCAGAGAGGCUCCACAGAGAGCGGAGCAUCCAGUGGAUGUAAUCACGAGAGGGCUCCUCUGAAACUCCUCUGUGACAACAUGAAGCAUCAGAUCCUCUCCAGAGCCUUCUAUGGUUGGCUGGCCUAUUGUAGACAUUUGUCCACUGUGAGGACCCACCUAUCAGCCUUGGUCAACCACCUGAUCGUGUCCCCCGACCUGCCUUGCGAUGCUGGCCACGGCCUGACCAUGGGCAUCUGGGAGCAGUACCUGAAGGACAGCACGAGUUACGAAGAACAGGAGCUGCUGCGUCUGAUCUACUUUGGGGGGAUUCAGCAUGAGAUUCGCAAGGACGUGUGGCCCUUCCUGCUGGGCCAUUACCAGUUCGGGAUGACAGAAGCUGAGAGGAAGGAGGUGGACGAUCAGGUUCACGCCUGCUAUGAGCAGACCAUGGCAGAGUGGUUGGGCUGUGAGGCCAUCGUCCGGCAGAGGGAGAAAGAGUCACACGCGGCAGCCCUCGCCAAGUGUUCCUCAGGCGCGAGCCUGGACAGCCACCUGCAGAGGAUGAUGCAUAGGGAUUCCACCAUCAGCAAUGAGUCUUCUCAGAGCUGCAGUUCAGGAAGACAAAAUCACAUCCGUCUGCCAAGCGACUCCAGUAACAGCACCCAGGUGUUUGAGUCUGUGGAUGAAACAGAGCAGGUGGAGGUAGACAGCAGGCAGGAUGACAUGAAGCAGGUCAAGGUCCCCAAUGGGACGGUGGUUAAUGGCACCUGCUCCCCCGACUCCGGCCAUCCCUCCUCCCACAACUUCUCCUCAGGCCAGUCGGAGCACAGUCUCAGCACAGAAGACAGUGUCAUGGAACCACUGAAAAACACCCCGCCAGUGGCAAGGCCUGACGGACCCAGUGCCCAGGAUGGCCAUGAGCCGGACACUGCCCAGCCUGGGGACAAAGCCCCAGCAGAGGAGCUGGCCAUCCAGGACAGCCUGGAAGGGGACUUUCUCGCCAACGACAGCCUGGAAGAGUUCAUGUCUGUGCCUGGGAGCCUGGACGUGGCCCUCCCAGAGAAGGACUCUUCGGUGGUGGAAAGCUGGGUGGGCAGUGAGGCAGAGAAGCAGAGCCUGCUGGAGAGUGAGGACACCCUGUCUGAGGAGCCCGAAAUGGAAAGUCUCUACCCUCAGCUGGAAUCACUGACCGUAGUGGACUCUACAGUCACCGAGGCCUCCCCAGUGUCUUCCAGCGGAGUGACGUACUCUCCAGAGCUACUGGACAUGUACACAGUGAACCUACAUCGAAUCGAGAAGGAUGUCCAGAGGUGUGACCGAAAUUACUGGUACUUCACCCCUGCCAACCUGGAGAAACUUCGCAACAUCAUGUGCAGUUACAUCUGGCAACACAUCGAGGUUGGUUAUGCAGGCAUGUGUGACCUCCUGGCCCCAUUGUUGGUCAUCCUGGAUGAUGAGGCCCUCGCUUUCAGCUGCUUUACAGAACUCAUGAAAAGGAUGAACCAGAACUUCCCCCAUGGAGGCGCCAUGGACACCCACUUUGCUAACAUGAGGUCCCUCAUCCAGAUUUUGGACUCGGAGCUUUUUGAGCUCAUGCACCAGAACGGCGAUUACACACAUUUCUACUUUUGCUACCGCUGGUUCCUUCUGGAUUUUAAGAGAGAACUAGUCUAUGAUGACGUCUUCUCGGUCUGGGAAACCAUCUGGGCCGCCAAACACGUCUCUUCCUCCCACUAUGUCCUUUUCAUCGCCCUGGCCUUGGUGGAGGUGUACCGAGACAUCAUCUUGGAAAACAACAUGGAUUUCACAGACAUCAUCAAGUUCUUUAAUGAGAUGGCAGAGAGGCACAACACCAAACAGAUCCUGAAGCUUGCCCGAGACCUCGUCUACAAGGUGCAGACUCUGAUCGAGAACAAGUAGAGGGGCCAGCGACGCAGCGGUGUCCCCUGGAAGCUCCUGCCCGAGGCUUUGUUCCACCUUCUUUCAUCUGGAGAUGUCCGCACCCUCAAGAAAGACUUUGGGGCCAGGCCGAGGACGCAGGCUGUGCCGGCAGCGUCUGGAAGCGUCUCCUGUUGGGAUACGUGGCAGGCAGGAGAGCAGUUUGUUGCUUCGUACAACUUUAUGCUUAUGUGUUCAACCAAAGAUCUCCAAGUCGGAAUCAGUCUCUUCUGGGGGAGGAAGGGGAUGACUGGAAAAGAAGGGAAAUGUUCCUCCGUGGCCUCAUUGUAUUAUUUCUCUCUUCCCUCGAGACCCACCUCCCCUGAUCCAAGUAGUCCCCAUGAUUUUCUGAGAGCAGGAGCAAUGAAGCCUUCCAGGAAGCAGUCUUGGGGGAGGGCUCUGAGCUGUACUGCAAUGGGGAGGCUGACUUGGCUGCCCAGCAGGUCCGUUGUCCCUUGCGUGAGCAGUGGGCACGGAUGGAGGACCACAGAUGGCCAUAAUGAAGGAAUCCACGUCUCUUUCACCUUCUUCCACCCACUGCCAAGAUCUGCUGCUCCCAGCCCCGAGUCCAGCCGGACAAGGAAAAAAUCCAGAAAUAUGCUGGAUAACCCAGCUUCCUUCUGAUGCUGGGGUCUCUGUUCGAUGCUGCUCCCUCAUUCCUUUCCUUGGGAGGACACACUUUUUUUUUUUUCCUCAAGGGGAAGUUUCUCUUUUACACACCUCAGUGCCAGUCAAAGUCUGGAUCCCGGCAGACAAGGAUUUCUUCUGAGAGCUCUCAAGGGGGCUAACUAGGGCUUCCUUGUGGUGAAUUCCAGAAGGAUGAACAAGAUUGGAGAGUCCUUCCUAAGUGUCCCCCUCCCACCUUUUUUUUUUU